AUGAAGUGGAUUCUCACCUUCGCCGCAGUCGCGUCGGCGCUGCAGACCCUGCCUCCAGUACAGAUCGAUAGCAUCGACUCUCGCGGCUUUUCUUUGGAAACCGCCAACCGAACGAUUUACCUAGACAGCAGCUUCGCCUCUUGGAGAGACCAGAGUGGCCUGACUUUGAUUCCACCCUCCGCACACGACUUCGCGACCACUUUUCGUGCCGAUCUGCAAGAAUUGACAAACAGCUCUUGGGAGCUCCGGACCGUCAAUCGAUUCCCUAAACGCGCCUCAGGCAUAUUUCUCGGUCGUGCGGACAAUACAACCGGCUUCGCCUACGAGAACGGACAACAAACGGAAGAGGGAUAUGAGUUGGAAGUCAACAAUGAUAGGGUGUUCAUCAGGGGCUCCGGAGCACGUGGCAUGUGGUGGGGAACGCGCACUCUUCUCCAGCAACUCGCCCUGACACCGUCAGCUAUACAACCGGGGCGAGUGGAAGAUGUACCUGCGUAUGCCACGCGAGGGUUCUUGCUCGAUGCCGGUCGCAAGUGGUAUUCACUGGAUUUCUUGAAGGAUCUCUGCACCUAUGCAUCUUUCUUCAAGAUCUCCGAAUUCCAUUACCAUGCGACCGACAACUUUCCGCUCAGUCGCGGUCCAAAUGUGACCUGGGACAAGGUCUACUCCCAGUUUGCGUUGCAUCCUGCGAACCCUGCUCUCCACCCGCUCGUCCAGCGUCCCAACGAAACUCUCUCCCGUGCUGAGUUUGAUGAUUUCCAACACCACUGUGCUCAGCGAGGAAUCACAGUCAUGCCAGAAAUUGAAAGCCCGGGGCACUGUCUUUCGGUUACCAAGUGGAAACCUGAACUAGCUUUGGACUCCAAGGACCUGCUCAAUAUCUCCCACCCUGAGACCAUCCCCUUGAUGAAAUCUAUCUGGGCAGAGUUCCUUCCCUGGUUCCACACCAAGGAAGUGCACAUUGGAGCUGACGAGUACGACGCCGACUUGGCGGAUGACUAUGUGAGAUUUGUCAAUGAGAUGUCUCAGUACGUCCAACAGACCUCUGGCAAGAGUGUCCGCAUCUGGGGAACAUAUGAGCCAUCGAGCAUCACCAUUGAUAAGAAUGUGACCAUCCAGCAUUGGCAAUACGGGCAAUCAGAUCCGGUUGAGCUAGCUCGCAGCGGUUACAAGGUCAUCAACUCAGAGGAUACGUGGGCAUACAUGUCACUGAAGAGUGAUCAUGUGCCUAUCACUCCUGCACCGUACCCCCAAUUCUUCAAUAACACUCGGAUUCUCAACUUUGCCGGCCGUGCCGGAUGGCAGUGGACACCCCAACUCUUCAACAAAGUGAAUAUCACGGAGCAACCCGAGGCCGAUGCCGUACCCGGUGCCCUCCUGGCUGCUUGGAAUGACAGUGGCCCGGAUGCCACAACACAGCUCGAGGCGUUUUAUGCCAUUCGUGAUGGAAUACCAGUGGUCGCAUCCCGAGCGUGGUCUGGCUCUCGGGGUCCCCUCUUGAAUGAACAAACCUUGGAACAGUCCAUCAUUCAACUGACUGCCCGCGCCGUUGGUCAAAAUCUUGAUCGGAGACUCUCUGGAGAAAAAAGUAGCAGAACCCUGCUUUCCUGGACAAAGCCAAAGCAGGCACAGGAACAGUACAAUCUUGGCCAUGGAAGCAAAGGCAUGGAUUACACUCUCCGCUUAGAUGUCACAGGCCCAUUCACCUUGAAGUCCUCUGAUGCAAUUCUCACCCUAUCGCCGAAUGGCGAACUGACUUUUGAAUCUGAUGGUUGGCCCUAUCCUCUCCAAUCGGUUGGUGAGACCGAUGGCUUCGGCACAGAUCAGCCCGGAAGAAUCUGGGCCAAUGCAACUACGUCGACGCACGAGAUUGUUAAGAUUCCCCAAAAAUCUACAAUCACGAUUUCUACAAACGCAAAAUAUGGAAGUCGGGUUUGGGUCAAUGGGGUCUUCGCAGGAAGAUUUGAAGUCUUUAUCUACGGUGGAAAGAAUAAGGUCUUCUCUUGGACUCAAAUGGCUUUUGUUGCCCCUUUGGAUGUAUUGGAAGGCUCGGGCUUGCAGCAUCUCGAAAUUAUCUCUGGAGAUAGUUUCGUUCAAUCCUAA